CUGUCUGAGGCGUCUGAGGAGAAUGCGCGGCUGCGCGCGCGCGGCGCGGCGCAGCCGCUGCUGUCUGACCUGGGGGACAGCGCGGCGAGCAGCCUCUACCCGAGCCGGCGAGCCUCCAUCACGCUCUGGGGCGGCCCCCUCCCCGGCGCCGCUGCGCCCCCCGCGCUAGCGACGGCGGCCGCCGCCGCCUCCGCUUCGGUGCAGGCGGGGGCCGGGGGUGUGUGA